AGACUUUCCCUCUCGGAAGAAUCUCUUCAAAGUCCCUCACUCAUUUCUCUAUCUCGAAAUGGGUGUGAAAAACCUCUGGGACAUCUUGGAAUCUUGCAAGAAAACUCUCCCACUUUACCACCUCCAGAACAAGAGGGUGUGCAUCGAUCUUUCAUGUUGGAUGGUUCAACUUCAAAAUGUAAACAAAUCUCAUGCUUCAAUCAAGGACAAGCUUUAUCUCAAAGGCCUCUUUCACCGUCUUAGAGCUCUCAUUGCUUUGAAUUGUAGCCUUAUUUUUGUCACAGAUGGAUCAAUCCCUGCAAUCAAACUAGCCACUUACAGACGGCGCUUAAAUUCAGGAACUGAGGUCACUCGAGAUGAAACAAACUCCCAUAAUGUGCCUUCGCUCCGGAGAAAUAUGGGAUCUGAAUUCUCAUGUAUGAUAAAGGAGGCAAAAGUCCUUGGCUUGGCACUUGGUAUCCCUUGCUUAGAUGGGAUUGAAGAAGCUGAAGCACAGUGUGCAUUGUUAAACUCAGAAUCAUUAUGUGAUGGAUGUUUCACUUCAGAUUCAGAUGUUUUCCUUUUUGGUGCAAGGACAGUGUACAGAGACAUUUGCCUUGGGGAAGGCGGUUAUGUUGUUUGUUAUGAAAUGGCAGACAUAGAGAGCACACUUGGGUUUGGAAGGAACUCCUUGAUUACUCUGGCACUUCUUCUUGGUAGUGAUUACUCUCAGGGAGUUCAUGGGUUUGGGCCAGAGUCAGCAUGCCAGAUUGUUAAAUCAGUUGGUGAAGAAGUUGUUCUCAAAAAAAUUGCAUUAGAAGGGAUAUCCUUUGCAAAGAAAUCAAAGGGUUCAAGGAAACAGGGGCAAGUUCUUAAGUGCAAUGACAAAGAGAAUUGUUCAGACCAUGAAAUGAACAUUAAUGGAUCUGAGCAUAGUUCACAAAGGGAGUUCUUGCGAGUAAUUGAUGCUUAUUUGAAACCAAAAUGUCACUCUGCAGACUCUGAUGCAGUGCAUAGGGCUCUUGCUCUUCUUCCAUUUCAACGCACUGAAGCUCAGAAGAUAUGUGCUCAGUUGUUUGAGUGGCCUCCUGAGAAAACAGAUGAGUAUAUCCUUCCUAAGAUCGCUGAAAGAGACUUGCGGCGAUUUGCCAAUUUGCGUUCAACUUCUUCAAACUUGGGAAUUCAUUUUCCGUUGCACGAGAUACCAGUAAAAUGCCCUAUUUCUGGAAUUAUAAAGCACAGAAAAGUCCAAGGAAGAGAAUGCUUUGAGGUUUCCUGGGAAGAGUUUGAUGGCCUUAAAUCCUCCAUAAUACCAGCAGAGCUUGUGAAGAGUGCUUGUCCUGAAAAGAUUGUGGAGUUUGAAGGGAGAAAACCCCAAGAGAAGAAACAAAAUCAUCGUAAACCAAGGCCAAAGAAAUCCAAUAACAGAGCUCCCUUGGCUGAGAUUGAUAAACAACUCCAAAAUCUAUUGCUUGACAUAGAAGCAGGAGGCAAUUCUUUUCAAAAUGUUUCAUUUUCUUCAAGCAUGACAACAUCCAAAACCCAAACUGAUGCAACCAAAGCAGCAAAAACACAAUAUAUGUUGCUUGAUACAGAGUCAGAGAGCGACAAUGACAAUCACAAUGAAGCCAUAAUUUGCCAUCAGAAUGGUCGAUGCGGUGCUGAAAUAGUCAUUGAUCUGCUAAGCCCUUCCCCACCAAUACGUGCCCGAAAGCUUUCGAAGUGCCAACAAGGCAAUAAUGGCCAACAAAUUGAUGUAAUUGAUUUGAGUGAUUGAGAAGCUGGCACAAUCACUUCAAUAUUAAAGGAAGGAGAGCUGAGAAUGUUCUACCAAGGAAGACAUAAUCUGUAACCUGCCAAUUUGUCUCUUUUCUCUUUUGCUUUCUUUUGUAGCCUUAGUUCAGAUCAUCAGACUAUUGUGUAUCUUUGCUAUGUGUAUUUAUUCCAACAGUGCAAUGUAAAUUAUCUAAUUUACACAUAAUUCAUUACAAUGGCAAAAAAGCAAAAUUGAGAUCA